GCAAGAAACAUAAACAGUUCUUUCUCAUAUAGACAAUUACUUCGUAGAAAUGAAUUCCAAGAACAAUGUUGUAGCUACCUUUUUUCUGUCAGUUAGUAUUCUCUUGUUUAGCCUGGGCAUUGCCUGUGACACUACCCCCAGCCCUAAUGUACCAAAGCCAACACCGAUUUCCAAGCCGCCUCCUCCUCCGACUCCAACUUCCAAGCCAAUUCCUUCUCCCACACCAAUUCCUCGUACUCCCGCUUCAACUCCAGCUUAUUCUACAGGAAAAUGCCCUGAUCCGCUGAAAUUAGGAGUAUGCGUGAAUGUGCUGAAUUUGGUUGAUAUCGUUGUUGGAUCUCCGCCAACCCUUCCAUGUUGCAGUCUCAUCCAAGGCCUAGUUGAUCUCGAGGCUGCUCUCUGUCUCUGCACUGCCAUUAAGGCCAAUGUCUUGGGAAUAAACCUAAAUGUUCCGGUUGCACUCAGCUUAGUUCUAAAUAACUGUGGCAAGAAAGUACCAAACGGAUUCCAGUGUUACUAAUAUCGUAUAGUCGUCAUGCAUUACACCGGGUGUUUCAUGAUACUUCAUUGUUAUUUUGUUUAUUUCAAUUUUCUCGCUACGUAUAACAUAAUUGUAUUCAUUAUUUCAUUCCUCAUUGCUAUAUGGCAAUGCAGUAAUUUAUGUUCAUUAUCGGAGUGAUAUUCUAAAUUAAUGUUUUCCCA